AUGCCCAACAUCUCCAAUGAUCCUCGCCUCGAUAUCUCUGGUAGCCCUGCUGCUGAUCCGGCCCUGCUCACCGAGAACCGUAUUUGCCCCGGAUGUAAGAAGUCUGUCGUGGAUGAGAAUGGAGGAGUGGUAGUGGCAUUCGGCCAAUCUUUCUUUCACGUCGAUUGCUUCAAAUGCGCCAAGUGUGGGAACCAGGUCUCUGCAGAUACCAACCUCCUGCUGUUGUCAGACGGUUCUCCUAUUUGCGCAAAUUGCUCAUACAGCUGCAAUAUUUGCAAACAGCCCAUUCUAGACGAGGCAAUCAUGACAGGCGACGACUCUUAUCACGCGCAUUGUUUCAAAUGCAAAGUAUGCAAGAAUCGAAUCGACGAGCUGGUUUUCGCCAAGACGAGCCAGGGGAUAUACUGCAUGAAUUGUCACAACGAGCGUGUCGCGCGAAGUCGACGUCAUGCGCAACGACAGCGAGAAAGGGAGAAGGAAAGGGAACGGGAGAGAGAGAGAGCCGCUGCCGCUUUACCUGUUCUGGCUGAUAUACAUAAAUUGCGAGAGGAUGGGGUACUUCCGCAGCAAUCGCCCAGAUCGAGAAACUCUCAGUCGCCAGCGCCAAAGAGAUUACCGUCUGAAGGUCAGUCACUCUCGGAGCGUUCAGCUACAGGGCCAGUUAGUGCUUCCUCUACCAAUGGCAUGCCACCAACGUCCAAUGCUUCCCAGAAGGGAGCUGCGUCCAUCGUCGCGGACAGGCCAGGCCAUGCACAGAUGCCAUCUAUCACUACGACUCGAGACUCGUCAAUUGCGCCGCUGUCGAUUUCCAAGAAAUCUGUGAUGAUCCCAACUACGGACCUCCCUCCGCCCUCCCCACGUGCCGCUUCCAUAGACUCGUCUUCGCUGGCUGUAGACCAGGCCCAUGGGGUGCAGCAUCCGACUACGCGCAUGGAUUCUUUGAACGUGCCAAACAUGUCCAACGGUUCGGAGAGGCCCUUGCAAACGAGGAAGAGCUUUGAUGGUGGAGCUCGCCCAUCAAACUUUCAACUACGACCUAGUCCCAGCAUAUAUUCCUUGAAUGUUGCUGGCGGCGGGAGCAGCACCAGCACUCUUGGCACUGGAGGCCUCACUGUACCCAGCGGGGAGACAUCCCGUAAGGACAAGCGGCGCUCAAUAAAUCCUGUCACGGCCCAUGCUUUCAGCAGUACCUUGACAUCACCUAUUCCAGAUUCCGUCUCUCCUGCCUCAGUACCAGCGGAAGCGCGUGAAUCGCCUCACCCGUCCUCUCCUCGGCGAGAUUAUUUCUCCAAUGGACUGACAAUCUCACCACCUGCUAUGGCUGAUAACACAGAGAUCCCUAAUCUCUCUCGUUUCUCUUCGUCAUCCAGUCCCUCAACGCCAUCCUCCCUACGCGGCCCAACGCCUUUCGACAGUCAACAGGUCGAACGUUCCAGGUCAGGAUCAUCCACCGCCCAUCUUCCCUUACAUGUUCAAGAGUUGGAACAAACACCCACUCGACCUCAUUCUGCUCAAGAUCGACUCUCCUCGCGUCCUGUCAGUCGUGCAGAAAGGUCCAAUCAACCCUCUUCGCAGAGUCCGUCUCCUGGCUACAGCCAUGAAUCAGCUCGGAAAGACCAUCGACGGCUUGGAGCGGAUGGCCAUCGUCCGCCAAGUCUCAAUCUGCCUUUCGGCAACAAAGUUCUAGCGCAGAAGUCAUUUGACAACAGGGUCCAUUCAACAACGCACUCGGUGCGUCCACUCCGGAACAGCAAAUCGUCAAGUACAUCGGGCCCCGAACUAGAACUGCCAACUCGCGCAUCGAAUGCCAAUACACCAACUUCGCCUUCUCAUCGGGUCGAUGUUCCACACGGAAUUGAAAGUGAGACGGAUACCGAAGCUGAAUCAGAGAAUGAUGCAAUGGCCGAAGUGCUUGAGCAUUAUCAUGACCCGCCCCCUGCCUUACCGCCCAAAGAUCCUGGAACCGCCAAGUCUAGUGCCCGUCCUCCAAUUCUACGACUGGACACAGCGGAUGUCAGCCGAGAUUCCUCUGAAAUGAGCCAUAUAGAUAGUGAAGAUGGUCAUUCUUAUUCACCAGAGUCCUCGCCGGUGGAACGGACAUCUCACGCGACUUUUAUUGCUCCUGCUCUCCCGCCUAUACGGAUCUCAAUGGGUGGCACGGAUUUCUCGGAGCUUCUGAAGUCAGUAGGUGGCAAUGUUUUGAAGUUAGAGCAACUUGCAGAGGCUACAGAGGAUGGUGGGCGGAAGCUGGACUUUAGUGUCAUCUCUCCUGCUUCUUUUGCUGUGUCAGAAACGGAUUCUAUGCAGCCUAUGACACCAAGGAGCGCCAUUACCAUCACAGAUACAUCUGAUACUCACGUCGACGAGACUCCUGUCAAGGGAUCGGAUGACAUUCGUUCACGUAGAAUGUCCGCGAACAUUAAUGACUCUUUGACGACGCUAGAUUCCGUCUCGUCAACGCUCAACGAAGACAUCUUUGCGAAAUUCCCCGCCGUGCCUACAACCAGAGCCAGUUGGGAUAGUAACAAGGAAGGGUCGAGGAGGGUAUCGAAUGACGUAUCUUCCAAUCCUUCCGUUAUUCAAUCUCCCAUUUCUCCCCAGUCUUCCGUUGCGCACCAGGGGCUUUCUUCGGACACUGCGUCUGAACGCCGAGAUUCCCUUGGUUCACUUGUGCAAAGUAGGGCGCGCAUCACCGUAACCUCAGCCGAUAACAAUAGUCCAGAAACCGCUCGCAUUGAUCUACCAGAGUCCAGGCGACAGCUGGAAAACCAAGUUUUUUUCGCAGCGGAACAUCAAUCUACGCAUGUUACCCUUGAAAUGGAUCUUGCGCAAACCUUGUUGAGAUUACUCGACCAACAUCAGGACGAAAGCAGUACACUGCGGUACAGGCUUGAUGGAAUGAAGAGAACAAGUCAGCAGUACAUGGACGGACUUACGGUCGCGCAGGUAGAGUACGACCGAGAACUGAAAGCCCGGCGGGAUGCUGAGGCGGAAGUCACUCGUUUGCGAGUAUUGUUGUCAGGUCAAGCGGUCAGGCUUUCGGCCAUCUCUGCCGAUACUAAGCGUCAAGAAGCCCAAAAACAGCUGUCGCAAGAGUUGAGCAACAAUCUUUCGAGCUUAGGAGAAUCGCUUUCUAAACUCAAGGUAGAACGGGACUUGGCUUUCGCAGAGGUAGAGCAGCUAUCAGCAUCCAAAAGUUCAAGCACUGCUGUGAAUAGUGAAGACGGUGCCGUCGCCGUUACUCGAGCCCUGUCUAUGCGGUUUGACAACAUCAAAAGCCAAUAUCAGCAUGAGCUUCUACCCCUUACAGAACAGCGUGAGGCAUUACUGCGAGAGAUUACAGAGCUGAAGGCGUCUCGGGAUGCUUUCUUAGAGGAAACGACGGUUCUGAACGCACGUAACGAGGAACUCGCUCAGUUGAACGCUCAGUAUGUGCGUCGAUUGGAGGCUGCUGGCCUGGAUGCCUCCAAACACGAGAAUGGCUCCCAAGAGGAAUCUGAUACUACCUACGACAAGUCUAGGCAUAUACAGAACUUCUCGUCCUCUGUGACGUCGUCGACAAUUGCAUUGACCGAAGAGUCAGGAGAGUCGAAGUUCGUUAAAGUAUCCAAAACGGAGCAUAUAGACGCUCCAGGACCCCAAUUCAAGCCGGGGAAGUUCAUGAAGUGGGCCGGACAUCGAACACCGAAAGAAAAUGUCCAUGCGCUUUGGUCUGAUAAUUCCAAACCUAAAGCGACAAGAUGUGGGGGUCUCAGCUGCGGUGUACAAAUUGUAGCAUCGCCGUACACACACGAUCAUGGCCGCGAAGAUUCAUUGCCUGCACCACCUCUACCCCCCUCCAUGUUCGGACGCGAUCUGAUCGAGCAAGUCCGGGCUGAGUCGAAAGAUGGCCCACGUCUUAUCCCCAUCAUCGUUGAAAAAUGCAUUGAGGCUGUUGAUGCCCUUGCACUGGAUUUGGAAGGUGUAUAUCGGAAGACUGGAGGCUCGGGCCAAUCCAAGUUGAUUACGCAACUUUUUGAACGCGGAGAUUAUCACUCGUUUGAUCUGUUGGAUACCGAGCGGUUCAACGACAUCUCCAGUGUGACCUCUGUCCUCAAGUCUUACUUCAGGUCCCUUCCGAACCCGCUGCUCACAUACACACUUCACUCUAAGUUCACUGCCGCGGUGGGCAUUCGGGACCCUGCGGCGAGGCACGAAGCGCUCAUCUCGGUCGUAAACGAGCUGCCAAAAGAGCAUUAUUUCACAGCUCGUGCAUUGAUGCUGCACCUGAGCAGAGUGAGUCAACACAGCGACGAAAAUCUCAUGCAUGCCCGAAACUUAGGCGUUGUCUUUGGACCCACUCUGAUGAGAUCAGGGGACUCCGUCACCGAGUUCGGAGACAUGGGAGAUACCACCAUCUGCGUAGAAUGGCUCAUCGAGAACGCGCUGACCGUGUUCGAGCAUCCUCCUUCGAUCGAUUCAUAA